AUGACAAACUCGCACAAUCGUAACGGGCGAAAUGCUGGCAGCGGUAACCAUGCCGAGCGAUACUUCCACAACCACAGCCCGCAGCAGCUGAGCCCGUCGGCACAGCAGCUGCACCACGGUGGUAACAAUGGAAGCACCAGUAAGCAGCAGCAGCAGCAGCAGCGUGGUGGCAACAAUGGUGGAAACGGAGGAGCAGGAGGAAACCGUAGCCAGCGGUCACCGAGCGCGAAUUACUUCCGCAGUAUUUUCUCCUCCUCCAACACAAUACCGAUAGUACAACAGCAGCAGCAGCAGCAAAGGCAGCCAUCGUACUCUCCUACCGGUGGACGAGCAGCAGGAGGCGGUGGUGGUGGUCGCCAUAGCAACAACAGCAGCAGCAGCAGCUCAAACAGCUUUAAUCAACGCUCCAGUCCGAGCAAUCACAGUGGUGGCAGUUUCCCGACGACGAUGAUGUCCUCACCGAUGGGGGCUGGUGCUGGGCCUGUAUCAGGUUCGCCGCCCAACUUUUCCCACUUUGCUGGCAGCAAGUGCUACGACGCACCCGCACCCACCGCGCUGCCGAAACCACCCGUGCACUGGACAACCGUUGGUGGUGGUACUAACAGCAGCAGCAGCAGCAGUAACGUUAGCAGUUCCUUCUCGUCAAUGAUGAAGAUGGCAGGCGGUUCGUCCGUUUCGUCCACAGUGACCGGUAAUGGCAGCAACAAAAAGGGGGCGGCAGGUUCCUCCUCCACCAACGGGGCACUACUAAAGCAGCAGCAGUUUCAUCCACAGCAACCGCGGCUCCGAACGAAGGCGAUGAAGUCGUGUGCAUCGGCAGCGGCCAAGGCAAGCAAUCGUCAUGCCGCCGCCUUCACGCACAACCUGAAAACGAUUCUCAACGUGCAGGCUUAA